AUGGCUCGUACCAAGCAGACCGCUCGUAAAUCUACUGGAGGAAAAGCUCCUCGUAAGCAGUUGGCCACCAAAGCUGCUCGUAAAUCUGCACCUUCUACUGGUGGUGUGAAGAAACCUCAUCGCUACCGUCCCGGAACUGUCGCUCUUCGUGAAAUUCGUCGCUACCAGAAGUCCACGGAGCUGCUUAUUCGUAAGCUGCCUUUCCAGCGUCUCGUUCGUGAAAUUGCGCAGGAUUUCAAGACUGAUCUCCGUUUCCAGUCCGCUGCCAUUGGAGCACUGCAGGAGGCAUCAGAGGCUUACCUCGUUGGUCUGUUUGAAGACACAAACUUGUGUGCAAUUCACGCCAAGCGUGUCACAAUCAUGCCGAAAGACAUCCAGCUUGCUCGCCGUAUUCGUGGAGAGAGAGCAUAA